AUGCCGUUCUCCUUCUCAACCCUCCACCCAACCCUCUACCCCAACCUCACCCACCCAGGCACCACCCAUUCCCUCCCAUUACUCCUCCUCCGGCUCGAAGGCACCACCCUCUUCCUCUCCAGCAUCUACCUCUACCAUCGUUUGCAGCGGUGGCAUCUCGCCUCUUCCGCUUACGCUUCCUCGCCAUCACAACCAACAACCUUGACAAAGUCAACGACAGCCACCUCCCCGUCAACAGCCCCGAAGGUAUCCGCAAGCAACCCCCUCUCCUGGACGCGCUUCGGCAUUUUGCUUCUGGCGCCCGAUCUCGGCAUGGUCGGCUUCCUCCGCGACUCCCGCUGGGGCAGCUGGAUCUACAACCUGGUGCAUUGCGAGAUCUUUCCCUUGGUCCUGGUCUCAACACUGUUGAGCGAUGUGUUGGACUUGCGCUCGUUGACUGGUGGGGAGGCCAAGCGGGACGAUGAUAUUGUUGCAGAAGGCAGCGGUGCGAGGGUACUGGGGUUGAGGAAGGGCACAUGGGCGGCAUGGAUGGGCGUGGGAAUCACGUGGCUGGCGCAUAUCGGAAUGGAUCGGAUGAUUGGAGCCGGGUUGAAGUAUGAGACGGGGUUUGGGCAUACGCAUUUGGGGGUGAUGUGA